AUGAUUGCCUCUACCUCCACUUCGGUACACAAGGCUUCUCUCGUCGACCCCUCGACGCACUCGCCUGUCCUGCUCGAGCUUGUCGAGCAACCAAUCACCCGUCCCGUAGUCGAUUAUCUCGUCAAACAUGUUGAGGAGGUCGUUGACUACGCAAUGGACCGCCCUUCCAAGCGCGGACGCAGCUUGAAGCGCAACGAUGACUUCCACACGCUCGUGAAGAAUGUCCUCUACCGGGCUGAAGUCGAGCUACCCACUGUACUGGUCGCCCUCGCAUACCUCGACCGUGCACGGCCACAUCUCCAAAUUGCUUUGGAGGAGUGGGCCAACGAACGUGUAUUCCUCGGUGCUUUAGUCGUCGCGUCUAAGUACACCAACGAUAGCACGCUGAAGAACGUGCACUGGGCCAUGUGCACUGGUAUCUUCGGAAAGCGCGAUAUUGGCCGGAUCGAGCGCGAGUUCCUUGCCGUACUUGACUGGGAGCUCUCGAUCUCCGAGGCAGAUGUGCUUGCCCACCACGCUCAGCUGUCUGAGCUCAUGCCCGAGCUCCACCACGCGACUGCCGCGACGGCUGCACCCCUGCCUUCGCCGAGCGCUUCGGCCUCCAGCUCUACAUCCUCGAGCCCAUGCCCGGCGCUUCAGCACUCGCCUGCCUCCACCGCCGCGAGCUUCUCGCCACGCACGCCUCAUACCCUUGUCGACGAGAUUCAGGUGCAAUUCCCUGAAUCCAGUGGCUCUUCCACCAGUGGCACUUCGUCUGAAGAGGUCGCGAAGGCGCAGCCACCCUCAUCGCACAAGCACGCACGCUCGAACUCGCUCAAGUGCUUGUUCCAUAACUUGCUGCACCCUCACCAUCACCACUCUCGCGCACCAGAAGUCACGGCAUAG